CGCUCUGUGGCUGUUGCUGUUAUGACAACGAAGUUUAAAGCUUCAGAGGAGUGGUAACGAUGAGGAAGAAAAAGGUUAACAAAAACCAGCAGAAGGUUCUACGAUGUACAGUGUACCUGGAUAUCCAGAGAGUGACCUGCCCAGGAGUCCUCCUGCACAAAAAGAAUGACGUUUACCUCCGCGUGCGUAUAAUGGGACAGUACAAGAGGACUCCGUGUUUGGCACCUCUUUUCCCUUUACUGUUUCACCACAGAAUGGUUUUUGUCAAGACCUUCUCUGGCGUUGUCGACCCCGCUGAUGUAACUGACCUCCUCAAAGCUGACACAACACUUUUUGAGCUGAUUCAGUUGGUCCCUCCAGAGGGGGAGACUCUUGCCACGAUGGAAGAAUGCAGCAGAGAUUUUCUGUACCCUGGUCCCAGACCAGUUGGCAGCGAAGGAGCUGCAGAAAGAAGCGCACUGAUGAAAAGAUCUCCAUUGUUUCCUGGAAUCUCCCCUAAAGUGGAGUUUGCAACGGCGUCAGUCAUAGAGGAGAGUAAUGGGAGAGACAGCUGGGCUCCAUCACCUGCCUGUCGUCUCUCUCCGGUGAGGCCAUCUUUAACCCCGUUUCAGCAAAAAUCCACCACGAAGUUUUCCCCAUUCAGGAAAACAGAUGACGAUGUUUCUGACUAUGUUGUGGGGAAAGAUGGGGAGGAAAGGAUGAAUGUCAAGGCCCUGGUCACAAACCGGGCUCAAACGACAGCGUCUAGACGUCCUCCUUAUGCAUCCCCGUCUGACCGCAGUCCUCAAAGAAACAGGAGUCACAGUAACACUAGAGCUUCUGUGAACGCCGGGUACCAACGGCCCACUGUUGCCUCCAGGUCAAGAGCCCUGUCCCCCUACACACACCGCAAGAUGUGCCAGCUGUCCGAGGACACCAGGCAGCGGCUCAGCCAUCUACAGCUAGGGCCUCACCACUUUCGGAAGGAGACGGAGAGCCAGUCACCCUUUUUGGUCCCUCGUCGCUUUAACACCUCUGGGAUGGGAACACCCUCCUCCUCCUCCUCGCCACUAAACAACAGCAUGCAUCAGCGCUCUGUCAGUUUCUCAGCUGGUCACACAGACUCUUCUCUCAUUGGAAGGAACAGACAGGGAGCAGAGCAGAUAGAAUCAGCUUCAGUGAGAGUUCAUCCGUCUCCAGAGAUAAGAUCCCAACACCAACCCAAGAUCAAAAGCCCAGUGAGGGGGUCUGCAUCAGUUCGCUCCAGCCUGGCCAGGUCAGAAUCAGGACAGCUUCUGAAUGUCAGCAGCUGCUCCCUUAGAGACAGACUGCAGCCUGGUCCGUCCUACUGGGAGCAGAUCCAUAGCCGGGUCCAGAAGAUUCUGCAGACACACAAAACCAGCUGGGACCCCAGAAGGAGCUGCGACUUUUAAUUCACUGCAUGAGCGUUUUUACUCCCUUAAUACAGAAUUGUUUAUUAAGACAUCAAUUGUCCCAAUAAGGUCUCUUGGGCUAAAAAGUAUUAAUUCUUAAUUGCACCUUUUUAAUAGAAAUCAAACCAUCUCUCAAAUGUUCCUUUUAUUCCAGUUCAUGUUUUAAACAUCUGGAGAACACAAAGGCCAUUUCUUUUUCCUCCCACCCAUUCUCUGUUCUCUAAUGGCUGUGCAAACCAAAUAGAGCUGGGUUUUUUCUGUUUUUGCUGAAGGCAUUUACUAAACUGGCUCGGGUAUACAGAAGCACCGCUUUGCAUGUGUGGGAAGGAGACGUGGAGGAUGUAAGCUGCAGCUGUUGAGGGCUCGCCUCGUAACACAAAAGAGGCAUGACGAUAGCCAAGAGCUACUGCUGGGAGCCCUGAGCUAAAGACUGAAGAGAUUUAAACGAGAAAAAAAAAGGAACAAAAGUAAUCCUGAAUGAAAAGAGCAGAUGACACAAAGAGACUCAGACGGCACUGAAAUAAAAACAUUCAUCUUUAUAAGUGUUACAUGAAUGAAUGGCGUGUAGUUCUCCUGUUCAGGUGUUUAUCGCAGCUAAUCAUGAUGUGACCUCUCUUCACUUUAACACCGAAUUAAACCCGAUUUACAUAAAGCAACAAAAAUAAUGUAACAUCUGGACCAACAGCAGUACCGGUAAUAAUAGUUUGACUGCUGCACAGAUUCCUGUAUUACUUAGGUCACAAAAU